GAGGGAGGCGGGGUGGGCGCUGUGCUGCUGGUGUCGGUGUGGAGAGGGAGCGGUGGGGGUCGGGCGUGCCGCACAGUCACCGCACAGCCCCUCGGUGCUCGUGUCCCCGUCCCCUGUGAGGGUCGCCGGUGCCCCCCUGCCCGGCCCCGCGCUUCUUCUGCUCCCCCGCGGGAUGCGGGCUCGGCCCGCCCCGCUAGCCCUCACCCCCGCGCCGGCCGCAGCAUGAGCGCGGCGAGCGACACGUAUUUCCUUAUAAAAGACAUAAAACCCGGACUGAAAAACUUAAAUGUCAUCUUUAUUGUGCUGGAGAUCGGGCGAGUCACCAAGACGAAGGACGGGCACGAGGUGAGGUCCUGCAAGGUGGCGGACAAGACGGGCAGCAUCACCAUCUGCGUGUGGGACGAGAUCGGCGGCCUCAUCCAGCCGGGGGACAUCAUCCGCCUGACCAAAGGGUACGCAUCUCUGUGGAAAGGAUGCCUGACACUUUACACGGGACGAGGAGGGGAGCUGCAUAAAAUUGGGGAGUUCUGCAUGGUGUACUCAGAAGUGCCAAACUACAGCGAACCCAACUCAGAACACGUCGGGCAGAACAAACUGGCACAGGGUGAACAGAAUAAUAUUUCUGCAUCAAGUGGUAUGGGUACUUGUACUUUUGGGCCACUGGGAAAUGGUUUACAAACUGGACCUGAAGCAAGUGGAUUUCCAUUCACAUAUAACCACGGCCACAUUUAUGCAGGUAGUGGGAGAGGCAAUGGACGAGGACCUGUAAAUCCAGCAGCAGCUAAUAGUGUUCAGCCUCUUCCUCCUGCUGUCAGUAACGGGAGGGACCCACGCAGGGCCUUUAAAAGAUGACUAUGCCAAAUGUGUGUGUACAGCUUGCUUAAACUCUACACUCUACUUGAACACUUACUGCACUUUUAUUUAUAGUUAACUGUGAACCAGUUUUCCUUUGGUUUUUUUUUUUUUUUUUUUUUUUUAACUUUUUUGGUGUAUGGAGCAAACUUGAUGUGAUCUAGUUCUUGUUUUGCAUCAGGGAAGCACAGUGAGUCUUCCCCAUACAUAAAGGGGGUAGGGGGAGAAGGUAGAUAUGAGGAAGUAAGGGUCACAGGUGAAAAUGUCUCAAUUAAAACUCAGUGCCCUUUGCUGAACAGAAGAAAAUUUCAGUUACAUACAUGUAUUUUUGUUGGUCAGCCAUGUAGCCUUAAUAGGUCUACUCUGUCCUGUGUACGCGUGUGUUGACUUCCGUUAGGGAUAAUGGGAGCUCUUUUUGUGGGAAGAGAAAUGAAGGGAAGAGCAAAAGCAGUCUGGUGAGCUAGGUGUCCUGGGAAUUAAUACAGCUUGUGAAGCAAUAAGUGUAAGGAAAUGGUGGUGCCAGACCUAGUGGUGUCUCUGGAAUCAGGGAAUGGAUAGCUUGAAUCAAAGCUGAAGAUGUGGUGAGUGUCGUGAAGCUUGAUUCUGAUUCCAGAAAGGUAUACACUACUUGAAAAAUUCUGUCUAAACACCAUUAUCACUGUCAAGGAAAGUGACAAUGAUUUUUGCUUUGGAUAGAAGCAUGGAUAUUUGUUCUUGCUUUGCAUGAGAUAGCAGAAUAGGAGGAUCUAAAUUCAGACAGUGUUGGGAAAUAUGCAUUUUGUAGCCUUUCCUUUUGUCAAAACCCAAGGUUACUUUGCAGGAGCCUGAAUUUCCAGGAGUGGACUGUUCUCAAAUGCUGCAUUACCCAAUUACUUCAAUGAGUCUGCCUACUCCUCCUUCCUUCAUUCACUUUUCCAAAUAAAUUAUGUAUUAGAUGAAGCUGUA